UGGUGUAGAUGAGGACACGCAUGAGCUGAGUCCUCCACACCGGCAAACUGUCCUUACGGAAGACGAGUCACUGUAACCGCCUCACGCAAUACCGAAUCGCAGUUUCCGUGUGCCGGUGAUUUUCAUGGUUAUUAAUAGGCUGCCGUGGUCCUCCGUCGGUUCCUUUGGACCAUUCAGAUCACCGGAUCAAAUGCGAGUGCGCAGUUUUUGAGGUGACAAUACUAAGAAGAUUCAUUUCAUACGACUCAAUUUGAACGCAGACCGGAAUCUGAGGCGACGAUAUCGGAGCCGUGCACGUCUCGUUGAGGAUCCAUCUGCACUCGUCCUCAAUGGUCACCUUCUGUCCGAGCCUGUCUUUCUGCUUGCUGCAGACCGCAUCAGAGGAUGUACGCGGAGGGAAGCACGCCAGACACUGAGCCAGACGAGUGCCAGAAGAAGACAUCAUGCUUCUCCAACAUCAAAAUAUUCCUCAUAUCAGAAUGUGCCUUAAUGUUGGCACAGGGCACUGUAGGAGCCUAUCUGGUCAGUGUCCUCACCACACUGGAGCGCCGUUUCAACUUGCAGAGCGCUGAUGUGGGUGUGAUCGCCAGCAGCUUUGAGAUUGGCAACCUUGCCCUCAUCCUAUUCGUCAGCUACUUUGGGGCCAGGGCCCAUCGGCCGCGGCUGAUUGGUUGUGGGGGCAUCGUAAUGGCACUGGGGGCAUUACUGUCAGCGCUGCCUGAGUUCUUGACCCACCAGUAUGAAUAUCAGUCUGGAGAGUCACGACCUGUGGGACAAGGAAAGGAUGUGUGCUCCAAUACAAGUCGAGCAGGGCUCUCUGAUCCUAGUUACAUCUGUGGGAAUAGAACCAAUACCAACAUGAUGUACCUGCUGCUGAUCGGAGCUCAAAUGCUUCUGGGGAUUGGAGCGACACCCCUACAGCCUCUGGGCGUGUCUUACAUCGAUGAUCACGUCAGACGAGAAGACUCUUCCCUUUAUAUUGGUAUCUUAUUCUCUACACUGGUUUUUGGACCAGCCUGUGGUUUUAUUCUUGGCUCUCUGUGCACCAAAGUUUAUGUUGAUGCAGUCUUCAUUGACACAACCACGCUGGACAUUACUCCUGAUGAUCCGCGCUGGAUCGGUGCCUGGUGGGGCGGCUUUAUCAUCUGUGGCCUUUUCCUCUUCCUCUCCUCGUUUUUCAUGUUUGGGUUCCCGCAGUCACUGAACGAGCCUGGGGAGGGCCCAGGAGGUGAGAGUGAGCAGGCCAUGCUACCUGCUGAGCUGGUGCAGGAGUAUGAAGGAGUCAAAGCCUCGGAUGACCCAGAGAUCAGCACUGGCCUCACCUGCUGCCAGCACCUGCAGGUUAUCCCUAAGGUGACUAAGCAUCUGCUGUCCAAUCCGGUUUUCACCUGUAUCAUUCUCGCUGCCUGUAUGGAAAUCGCUGUGGUGGCUGGAUUUGCUGCCUUCCUAGGGAAAUAUCUCGAACAGCAGUUCAACCUCUCAACGUCCUCCGCUAAUCAGCUCCUAGGUAUGACAGCAAUUCCCUGUGCUUGUCUGGGUAUUUUCCUGGGUGGGCUCCUGGUGAAGAAGAUGAAUCUGUCUGCAUUAGGGGCUAUUCGUCUGGCUAUGCUAGUCAAUAUCAUCUCUACGGCCUGCUACGUCUCCUUCCUCUUCCUUGGCUGUGAUACGGGCCCGGUCGCUGGAGUUACCGUUGCCUAUGGCAACGACCCAGAGCUGAAGUCAUACGCCCUUGGAGUUCUCUUCCUGUUGCUCCGGCUGCUGGGUAAGAUAUUUGCAUAA